GCGGAACAAGCGUCAGUCAUCGUACAUUAUCACGUAGGGAUCCGCGUUCAAAUGUUUCUCAGUCGCCUUCAACGCGCAUGCUUGUCGAGUUCUAACGUCUGUCCACUCCGCAAAGUGUUAGCGAAAUUGCGAAUGUGUCCCGUGCUGUGAUUACCACAUUUCAUUGUGAGAAUCUAAAAUAUACCACGUAUUGGGUACAUAACUACUGGAUAAUUUCAUAUUUGAGAUAAAAGUUAACGUAAGAAGGCACAGGGCUGUGUGGUGUGAGUUGGGCUUUUAAUUGACUUCUGAAUGGUUCCUGUGGACUCCAACUAGAGAAGAAAUCAGAACAGUAAUCUGCCCUAUAUUGGGCGCCAUGGCGGACACAUGCGGCCUGGGACCCUGCUUCCGACCGGUGUGGCUGCGAAAGUACGCAACACCCCGCUGUUUCCUGUUAGUGUAUGGCCUGCUGGGUACCAUACAAGCGAUGGCGUACAUUUACUUCGUGGCCACUCUUACGACUCUGGAGAAGAGGUUCAAGAUACCCAGUAAGACGACAGGUAUUGUGAUGAGCGGAAAUGAGAUCAGUCAGAUCGUUCUGUCACUAACGCUGUCUUACUACGGGGGUCAGGGGAACAGGCCACUGUGGAUCGCCUGGGGCGUUGCUUUCUCCGGAUUAUCCUGUUACAUAUUGGUUCUGCCACACAUGGUAUACGGACCAGGAAAGAAUGCGCUGGCUCUCACGGAAGAGUAUUUUGACACACACUUUUACAACAUGACAUCUGAGGUUCGAGAUGAUUCGCUGGCUGUAUGUUCGGCUACAAGCUACGACAAGACGUGUGAGGAGAUGGCGUCCAUAAUGCCGCUCGUCCUCAUCUUCCUGUCUCAGUUUGUGCUGGGAAUAGGAUCCACGCUCUACUACGCCCUGGGACAGCCCUAUUUGGAUGAUAAUUCCAAGAAGACGCAAACACCAAUGCUGCUAGGUUGUGUGCUUGCUCUCCGAACACUGGGUCCAGCCAUGGGUUUCGCGCUCGGUUCAGGGUGCCUGAAUGUGUACAUUGACCCAAGCGUGACACCGGUCAUUACGAAAAGAGACCCACGAUGGCUCGGCGCCUGGUGGCUGGGCUGGAUCAUCCUCGGCACUACAAUGCUGAUGUUUUCGUUCAUCAUCGCCCUCUUCCCCAGGCAACUGCCAAGGACAGGUCCUAGUGGCAGACCGAGUUUGUCCGUGCCUGGGAACCCAACGAACACGAAACAACUGCCGCACGAGGAGCAACCGCUCACCAAGGCUAUGCUCUCCGACUUCAUGCCCAACGACCCGGUAUCAUCAAAACAUAAGGAAAUUGUACACAUACAAGAAGCUUCUGCCAAAAAGGCGGAAGGUUUUAAGAUGGGUUUGAAGAGGCUUAUACUGAACAAACUGCUGAUGGCAAACAUCAUGGCAGGGGUGUUCUACAUUCUGGGAGCAUCUGGCUACAUGACUUACACAAUCAAGUAUCUGGAGACACAGUUCCAGAAGUCAGCCGCAGGGGCAAACAUCAUAGCAGGUGUACCUGCCAUCCUAGCGACAGUAGCUGGAUUCCUUAUUUCUGGAUAUGUUAUAUCAAGAUUUAAACCUAGGACAAGCCUAGUGCUGGGUUGGAAUGUAUUUGUUGGCUGUGUCUACAUUGCUGGAGAAAUAUUAUUCAUAUUCCUUGGCUGCACAAAUAAUGGACUUCAAGGAUUCCAGUCAACAGGAGAAGGCCUCCAACUAAUAAAUGACUGCAAUACGAAUUGCCACUGUGAUAACCUGAGGUACACUCCAGUGUGCUCUGGAGCAAGUGGUGUUACUUAUUACUCUGCAUGUCAUGCAGGCUGCAACUACGUUUUCAACAAUUCUAAGGGUUUUGGAAACUGCACCUGUUUGUCACCCACCAACCUGCUGGGUUCAGGUGGUGUAACCAGUGACACCAACAGCACAACCAUAACAAAUAUUGUGACUGCUGGGCCCUGUCUAGUGAAUUGUGGCAGCAAUUUUAUCAUCUUCCUUAUCACUACAUGUAUAAUGCACAGCCUUGGCAGUUCUGGCAAGAUUGGGAACAUUUUAGUGAAUUACAGGUGUGUCAUGCCAGAAGACAAGUCAUUCGCUCAGGGAUUAGUUCUAGUGCUUGUCAGUCUUCUUGCCUUCAUUCCAGGACCUAUAAUAUUUGGAAGUAUUAUUGAUGCUGCAUGCUUAGUGUGGGAUGAAACAUGUGGAGAGAAAGGGAACUGUUGGUUAUAUCAUAAGGACAACUUCAGGUUGUACCUGAACCUUACUGCAGCAGGUUUCACUGUGGUAGGAAUGCUACUGGAUGCAUUGGUAUGGUGGCUUGGAAGAGGGCUGAAUUUAUAUGAAGAAACAGAUGUAAGCAGAUCUAAGGAGGGUAGCAGGAACCACAAUUUCCGGCAACUGAAGUGACAGUUAUUACUGUGAUAAUAAGAACCAUAUACAAGUUUAUAAGAUUAAUUUGUUAUAUUUUCAUACCAGUAGCUCAAGUGUAGGAUUAUUCUGUAAUUGUACUUAUGAGGUAACAAAUUUUGUAAGGAAAAUAGAAAUAUCAUAUAAAUCAAUUAACUACA